UGAGCCAUAUAAAAAGUAGGACGCGCUGCUGCAUAUUCCCAGACUGCUUCUGCAUUCAUCUACAUUGUGCUGCCGUUACUACUCCUGUACCAGCCAUGUCUCCACAGGCGGACUUUGACAAAGCUGCAGAGGAUGUAAAGAAAUUGAAAACAAGACCAACUGAUGAUGAACUGAAGGAAUUAUAUGGGCUUUACAAACAAUCAACAGUCGGAGAUAUAAAUACAGAUUGCCCUGGAAUGCUAGAUCUCAAGGCAAAAGCAAAAUGGGAUGCAUGGAAUUUAAAAAAAGGUUUGUCAAAUGAAGACGCAAUGCAAGCCUACAUCUCUAAGGCGAAUGAACUGAUUGAGAAAUAUGGGAUGUAACGUUUCUUCCACAUUGUGAACAGAAUGUUCUAUAGUUUUCUGCUGAUUCUACUAUAAUCAACUUUAGGUUUGUACAAGGUUGGGGGGUCCAGUAAACCUUAGACACGUUUGUCCAGGCUAUAGAACUGUUUUUUUUCCUGUUUCCUGCACUCACCUAUUAAACAAAUUUACAAAUCA